GAGGAGUCAUCACAUAUUAAUAUAUAGAUCCGAGUUAUAAUUGUCAACUAGAAUAUAAGCGCAACGCUCCUAUACGGUAGAUACGGAAACAUCGGGUUUUCUUAAUAUACAAAGACAAAGAAAUAGACUACAAUUCGUUUAACUACCUAACCUACCUAGGUACCCAAAGACAAACCCCGCCGUUAAUCUUAAAUAUCCUCAUCCCGCAUCCAAGACAACUGCUUCCCGCAAACGCCAGUCAGCGCCACACAUGCACCAUCCAAUCAUUCAUAAUACCACCGAGAUCCUUUAAACCUACCUGAGAGACCGACGCCAUGAUAGCCGAAGAUCGCCCGCGGAUUCUGUACGCAGAUUCGGGUCCGGAGCCUCCGUACCCGCUGCGCAUGGAAGGCACCGUCAUAUCCGGCUUCGGCCGCGGGUCCAAAGAACUCGGGAUCCCAACAGCCAACCUCCCCGUCGACUCAGUCGCUACGCCCUGGAUUGCCAGCGCAAAGUCAGGAGUGUACUUCGGCUACGCCGCGCUCGCUCUACCAUCGUCUCAUCCCGACCGACAAGACCCCAGCGACGCUCCAAACCAAACCAACGAACCCCGCCAUCGCUCUAACCCCCGCGCCGCCGCCAACGCGCCUCCCGCCUCUCACCCACCCCCUCCCACGACGAUAACACCCGUCAGCACAUCUUCCGAGACCUUCCCCUCAGUCUCACUCUCACCCUCCACCACCAAAGAGGCGCCCAAUUCCACCAUCGCAACCACUACCUCCUCUUCCGCACCGACAUCGCAAAAGCGCUGGCAGAUCUACCCCAUGGUAAUGUCCAUCGGCUACAACCCCUUCUACAAGAACUCCGUGCGCUCCGCCGAAGUGCACGUACUGCACAAAUUCGGCGCCGACUUCUACGACGCGCCGAUGCGCCUGCUGAUCCUCGGCUUCGUGCGCGAGGAGCGCGACUACGCCUCCCUCGAGGCGCUUAUCACCGACAUCAACAUAGACUGCGAAGUAGCGCGCCAGAGCCUCGCGCGCCCCGCCUGGACCCCGCGCGAAGGCACCGCGGAUGGCGUCACGGGCGAGCUUGACGGCUCUUGGCUCGUUAGGGAGUCGUAGGGAUAGACUAUGUACCUACUGUGUUGUUGGGAUACUUAUGUAUCAACCUACCUAACGUAUAUAUGAUAUAUCCUAUUUUCUUACUUACCUACAUAGGCAAUAUAUCAUAAGCAUGCGACAUGGGUAAUGCGAUCAGGAGGGGCAAAGGGGGGGGUAAGGGGGGUAAGGGGACGGAUUGCCCGAAUUGUCCCGUCCCGAGGCAUUCCCGUUGGAAAUUCCCGGAGAUUCUUGGGUGCACGUGAGACGUGUUAGAUGCGGUUCUACUAUACAAGACCAGGUAUUGGUCGGGUGGCUUAUUGGGUGGGCGUCCAGUGCAUAGAACAAGACGUGCUGAAUUGUUGGUA